GCGUUGCAGACAUGCACAUGUUUCUGCUAUUCACCACUCUGACAGCCACAGUGCUGGCUGAGUUGGAGCUUCAACCGAGCUACACAGAGAGCAGCACUGCAGGAAGAGUUGUGGGAGGUGAAGAAGUGCCUUAUCACACCUCCUGGCCCUGGCAGGUUUCUCUCCAGUACUACUCAGAUGGCUCCUAUCACCAUUUCUGUGGAGGAACACUGAUCAGGAGAGGAUGGGUCAUGACCGCUGCUCACUGUGUGUACAGUUCCAGCGCUUCGCGUGUGGUCCUUGGUGAUCUUGUCCUGCACUCCAGCCAUGGGACAGAGCAAUACAGGAGUAUCACCAGUGUUUAUAUCCACCCUGAAUGGAACAAUAACAGCAUCUCCUCUGGUAAUGACAUCGCCCUGUUGCGGCUGUCUUCUGAUGUCUCCCUGACCUCUUAUGUGAAACUGGCCUCUCUGCCUCCUUUUGGCGAGAUCCUGCCGCACAACAACCCCUGCUACAUCACAGGAUAUGGACGUAUCUCCACUGGUGGAAGCAUGUCUGCCAGGAUGAGACAGGCCUACCUUCCUGUUGUUGAUCACCAGACCUGCACCAGCUCUGGCUGGUGGGGCAGUACUGUCAAGACCACCAUGAUCUGUGCUGGAGGAGGUGCUCAAUCAGGAUGCAAUGGUGACUUUGGUGGUCCUCUUAGCUGCAAAGUCAACAACCAUUGGUAUGUCCAUGGUAUUGCCAGCUUUGUGUCUGGAAUGGGAUGCAACGCUCCCCAGAAGCCGACUGUCUUCACCCGCGUUUCUGCCUACAUAACAUGGAUGAACUCGGUCAUGAACAAUCCUUGAAAUGGACAACAAUUCUGCAACAGAAACUACUCUGAAUUAAGCUUAUUCCCUUAUCUGCAACUAAUUUGCCUGUUUAAACCUUCUACCAAUAAAAUUGUUCAAAAU